ACUGGUUGAUAUUAGGAGAAGUCACAGGUCAUACACAGUUAAACUGAAAAGAUGAGAUUCGUGGUAGGCUGGGUGAUCGUUAUGCAGGCUGUAAAGUUUGGAAGCGGAAACAAAUUUUCAAAUUUUCGUCAAACAGAAAUCUUUGAAGAAGUCUUAGAUGAUGGUCUGAAGACUACGGUUGAGGGUGUUUCUUUGAUGGCAUGUGUCAAAGAAUGUUAUGAAGACGCAGACUGUCGGCGUGUGAAGUUCUGCGAGGAAAACGUCAUGUCCGGUCAUUGCAAGUUAUACGAGGACGGAAAGGACUGCCCCCACGCGGCAAAUGGACUCGAGUGCACGUGUUUUCAGAAGAUGAGGCAAUGUGAGGACGAAGUAUGCACGUGUGCAAUUGGUUACUAUGGCAACAGUUGCGAAAAGGUCAUUAAAGACUGCAGUGAAGGCCAGCAUCACGGGCUUCUAGAUCUAAAGAAAAAACUCUCAUACAUCCAACCUGACGGUGCCGAAGAACCUUUUGAAGUGCUCUGCGAAUUUCGAUAUGGCGGCCUGACUACGAUCCAGUCUCGCGACUUGGCAGCAUCGUAUGUCGACUUCAACAGAUCCAUGGAGGACUUCGUACAUGGAUUUGGCCGUCCAAGGUAUAACUGCUGGCUUGGCCUCAAACGUAUCAGUCUUUUAUUCGCAAUGGGAGAGAUGAAAUGUAACAUCGUACUUGAUGGACCAUCCGGCUUUUGUCAGGUGUAUUAUGACCGUUGCCAUGUCGGCGGUGAGGAAGACGGCUAUAGAAUAACCAUCGGAGAAUACUCGACUGCCGUCAGUCCAAGAUGCGGGGACUCCUUGGUCGCCGUGGACAACAUCAACAACGCUACAUUCUCCACCUACAAUUACGACAACGACAACAACUGCGCAUCCAAGAUGGCGGCUGGGUGGUGGUACGCGCCAACGAGCAACUGCACCAAGGGAAACCUGAACGCCCCGCUUGUAGCCACGCCCUUAGUUGGCUUGAGGCUGAAGUGGGUUUAUGAUAAGGGUAAUGAUAUCAUCGCUUCUUCUUUGUUCAGAAUAACUGGUGUCUAACAAGUGAUUGAAAUGUUGAGCGGCGUGAUUGAAGAAAUAAGCCUCAUUUUGUUUGUAAUUAUUCGUUAUGAGAAAUCUCCUUAAUCGUGUCUAAGGAAAAGUGGGUGAUGCAGCACUUUACGGAAGUCAGGGGCAUGGGUGGCCCAGUCGUCUAAGGCGCCGCGAUUCGCUGUGCAGAGUUGCGUCCCGUGGACACGCCAGAAACAUGAUUGUUGGUUCGAAUUCCGGUUCGCCCCGAUUAUGUUUCUAGG